AUGGCAGCCCCCCCAGCAUCACAGACCACCCCUGUAUCAUCAUCAUCCCCAGCCCAAACAAAAACCCAAAAAGAAACCAACAUCCAACCCCAAGAAACCCCCAAAAUAACCCCCCUCACAAAAAAAUACCUCCACAGAAUAUCCCUACACCCAACUCUUACCCCCUUCCGCCGCCGCGUCUACCGCACCCUCCUCUCCGUCCCACCAGGCCGCUGGACAACCUACUCGGCCAUGGCAAAUUACCUAGGCUCCAGCGCGCGAGCCGUGGGAAAUGCAAUGCGGACUAACCCCUUUGCACCGGAGGUCCCCUGCCACCGCGUUUUGGCUGCUGAUAGGCGGUUGGGUGGAUAUAAAGGGGAGUGGAAGGUUGAUGGGCACAAGGCUUCUGGGUCUUUUUCCGAGGAAAAGAUGAUUAGGUUGAAGGAGGAGGGGGUGGAGUUUGUUGAUGGGAAGGUCGUUGGGGUUUGUUUUGAUGGGUUUGUUGAUCUUGGGAAGUGA